CAGAAAUUUCUAUAAAUUGCAUGCUCCUACCUCUGACAAUUUCACACUUUGAGUAAUUCGUCAAAUUAGCCACAGCAGCUCUACUUGAAAGCUGUUCUUCCCAUUCCAGCAACAACAAACAACCAAAGGAGGAGGAGAGACUGAGACUGAGAGAGCUGCAAUGGCGGACCUUGUGCUUGGGUUGGCCAAGUCAGCGGUGCAAGGAACCCUCACCGCUGCCAAGUCAGCGAUUGAGGAGGAGGAGAAGCUCAAGAAGAAUAUGCAGCGUGACCUGAUGCUUAUAUCCGACGAGUUCGAGAUGAUGCAUUCUUUCUUGAAUGCCUCCAAGGAGCGCGCCACCGAUGAAAUGGUGAGGACCAUGGUCAGGCAGGUCCGCAACAUGGCCUUAGAUGUGGAGGACAGCAUUGAGUCAGUUGUCCUCAUUGAUAUGAAGUCCCAAUGGUGGCGCCGCCUGCUCCCAUCCUGCAUGGUCGCGGCCAAACCGGCUGCGGCCCUGGACGAUGCAGUCACUGCUAUGGAGUUGCUGAAGUCCAGGGUCGAAGCCAUGGGCCAGAGGAAUGAGCGCUACAUGCACAUCGGUGACUCUCACUCCAAGCCCACCGAGAAGACUGAUCGGCAGGCCAUAGCUGAUGCAACAGCAGUGGGCAUCCUUAUCGAGGCAAGGGACGCCAAGAAGCAUAGCAGCCCAGGAGACCUCAUCGAGUUGAUAAGCAAGAUAGAGAAUGUGCUUCCACUUCAAGUCAUCUCAUUGUGGGGAGCAACAGGUGAUCUUGGGGUAGCAUCCAUCAUCAAGAAGACCUGUGAUAACCCAGAAAUCUGCACAAAUUUCACGUGCCGUGCUUGGGUGAAGCUGAUGAAUCCCUUCAAUCUCCAUGAGUUCAUCCGGAGCUUGCUGGCUCAAUUUUAUGCAAACUCUAGUUCGCAACAAGGAAGCACCAUAGAUUUCCUCAAACCGAUAGAUUUGAUGAUUGCUACAGAAGUCACACUCAUUGAGGAGUUUAUGAAGCAAGUGAGUGGUCAGAGGUACCUAGUCUUCCUGGAAGAUGUAUCCAGCGCGGUUGACUGGGAAGCUGUUAGGGCCUACCUACCAGACAUGAAGAAUGGUAGCUGCAUUGUGGUGCAUACCCAACAACUUGAAGUUGCAAGCUUAUGUGUUGGACAAUCGCACCGAGUUUUGGAGCUGGAGCAGUUCUCAGCUGAUCAUUCUGUUUGUGUCUUCUUCAAUGAGAAGAAGCGUGGCAGCCCAAGAGGUCUCGUCGAGUUGAUCAACAAGAAAUACCAUGCUCUUCCCCUUCAAGUGAUUUCUGUGUUUGGACCAGUAGGCAAUCUUAGGGUGGAAUCCAUCAUGAAGAAUACCUGUAAUGAAGACCCUGAAAUGUGCAGAGCUUUCAUGUGCCGUGCUAGGGUUAAGCUGAUGCAUCCCUUCAAUCGCCAAAAGUUCAUCCGAAGCUUGCUGAAACAAUUGUACAAAAACUACUGUCCACAACAUGGGAAUGAUGUAGAUUUCUUGAAACUGAAUGGUAUGAUGAUGGGUACGGAAGGCAUACUCAUCGAGUUCGUGAAGCAAGUGCUGAGCAAUCGGAGAUACCUUGUCUUCCUGGAAGAUCUGUCCAGCAUGGAUGACUGGAAGGCUGUCAGGGAAUUACUGCCUGACGAGGACAAUAGUAGUUGCAUCAUUGUGCACACCCAGCAGCUAGAACUCGCAAGAUUGUGUGUCGGACAACCAGAGCGAGUAUUUGAGCUGCAGCAGUUCUCCGCCGACGACCAUUCUGUCCGUAUCUUCUUCAAUGAGAGUAUGGACGAGGAUGUGGAGAGAGCCAUCAAGACUGAAACUGCAAAGAAAUGGUUACAGAAAUAUGAAGUUGUUGGUCCCCAGGCAGAUAUAAGGUCCCUCUCUGAUGUCCGCGGUCGAGGGGUACGUUCCGUGUAUGGGAUUGCUGGUGUUGGCAAAUCAUUUAUUGUCAAAUAUGUGUACAACAAGCAAGUCACUGAUCAACGCAGAAUUUUUAAAAAGUUUGGUUGGGUGGAUGUAUCCCAUCCAUUCAAUUUAAGGGAUUUCUCAUGGAGCUUACUCUUAGAUUUUCACUCGGGAUCUCUCCAACAUGAUAGCAUGCAGAGAAUCAAAGACCCAAUUCAAGAUUGCCGUGAGCUUCUACGUCAGAAUGAUUGUCUCAUUGUUAUCGACGGUCUGCAGUCCACCGAAGAGUGGGACUUGAUAAAUGCUGCCUUUUCCUUUGAACAUGAUAGUCGGAGCCUUGUUAUUGUCAUUGCAAAUAAACAAAGUGUCGCCACAUACUGUUCAAAAUUUCGGUGGAGUAUCCAAGGUCUAGAAAUUGAUGACGCUGUUGAACUCUUCAAAAGAAGGGCAUCAAAGCGGCAUCAGAGUUUCUGGCCCUCGGACCCAAGCCCCGCCGUGAUUGAAGAAGUAAAAUCUGUCCUAUACAAAUGCGGCGGACUUCCCAAAGUGAUAAUUUCUGUGGCUGACGUCUUCGCCUCUGGCUGGAGAUUCAACAAUGAUUAUUUUAUGCAGGCGUUGGAGACCCUCCCAGCAUUUGGCAGAUUAAGGAAUCUGUUUUCCUGGGUGCAUUCCUACUUCGACACCUGCCCAGAUUCGAUCAAGCCAUGCAUCUUCUAUCUGUCCAUCUUCCCUGUAAACCACAAAAUUCGGCGGAGGCGUUUGGUGCGGCGGUGGGUCGCAGAAGGCUACUCCAUGGACACCCGAGAGAUGACCGCUGAUGAGGAUGGGGAGAAGUCCUUUGCCGAGCUCUGCAAGCUAAACAUGAUCCAGGUGCCAGGAACGACGACAAGGCUGUCCUAUUUCACAAGGAUUCCCUUGUACAAAGUCAAUGGUUUCUUCCGUGAGUACAUCAUCUCACGGUCCAUGGAUGAGAACCUUGUCUUUGCGCUGGAGGGCCAUUGCAGUUUGAACUCGCAGCGCACCGGACGGCAUCUCACCAUAGGGAGUACCUGGGACAGAGACAGGAUUGUGUAUGACAGCAUUGACUUCUCACAUCUGCGUUCACUAACGGUUUUUGGAGAAUGGGAGCCAUUCUUCAUCUCUGGCCAGAUGAGGCUACUCCGGGUGCUGGAUCUGGAGGACGCUUCAUCCGUAACAGAUGGUGACGUUGAACUGAUGGUCAAGCAGCUGCCACGCCUCAAGUUCCUCUCUCUCAGAGGACUCGAAGAGAUCACUCGUCUGCCGGAUUCCUUUGGUACCCUAAGGCUGCUCCAGACUCUGGACAUCAGGCACACCUCCAUAGUCAAGAUUCCAGCAAGCAUCACUAAUCUACAGAAGCUCCAGCACAUUCGUGCAGGUACUGCUGUACCAAUGGAUGAUGACUCCAGCACUGUUGCAAGCCAUCCACCAGCACCAGCAUCAGCACCAGCACCACCACCACCACCGGAAGCAGCGUCAGCGUCAUCGUCGAUGAGCAAGCCACGUGCUUCUACUCUGGUGUCACAGCUUCGGCUACCGAAGUUCUGGACAAGCCGAGGCCGGCAUCUUCCUGGCUCUCGUAAUGGUGGCAUUGAGCUGCCUCGAGGGAUGGGGAAAAUGACGGCCUUACACAACAUCAGUGUCAUCGACGUGAGUAUUGCAAGUGGGCGGGCUAUUCUGGAAGAGCUUAAGAACCUUAGGCAAUUGCGCAAGCUUGGAGUGUCUGGCAUCAAAAGGGAAAACUGCCAGGAGUUGUGUUCUGUCAUCUCAUCGGUUCAUGCUCAUUUGACAUCCUUGUCAGUGUGGCUUGACAAGAAUCAAGCUGGUUGUUUGGAUGCCAUUUCAUUGCUUCCAAAGAAACUACAUAGCCUAAAGCUGUACGGACAUGUAGACAAGUUGCCUGCAUGGAUCAAGCUGCUGCCGGAUCUCAGAAAAUUGAAGUUACAGAUGGACAUGAUAACGCAAGAUGAGGUGGUUCUUCUCACGUAUUUAACAAGCUUGAAUACUUUAUGUCUUUCUUCCAAGGAGUUUCAAUAUGGAGAGCUCCGGUUCAGGGGAGUCUUUGUCCAACUCCAGGUCCUCGAGAUUACUUGCAACUCCAGGUUAGAAGCUGUUACAUUUGAACCUCCGGUAAUGCCUGGGCUUAAGUUUGAGCCUCAGGCACUGCCAGCAGGGCUCAAUACUACUGUGCCUCAGGUAAUGCCUAGGCUCGAGGUUCUGAAGAUCAGCUGCUGUAAUGUGUCAUCCUUGAAGUUUUCUGGGUUGAAGCAGCAACUAGGCAAUGUCAGCGAAGUCUCACUUAGCGGAUCCUAUGAUGACAAAGUGAAGCAACACUUGCAGAGCCAACUAGAGGAACAUCCAAUGAAGCCUGUUUUCAAGGUGGAACCACAUUCCGUCGUCUCGUACUGAUAGAUAUAUGUUUGAAGGGGGAGCCUGUUUUGAUGGCCAUCGCAGUUUCCAGGACUAGACGGCGGUUACUCUUCAUUUAAUUUUUUCUCUUCUACUCUGUUCAGUCUUCUCAUUCCGAUAGAUACAUAGCAACUCUCCAACUCCAACUGCUUAGUACUUACUCAGAAAUAAAUGUACACCAUCCAUUUUCGUUAGAUCUAAUUAACCUCAGGUGAAUGUAAGAAAUAUUUGACACUUGUUGGGAAUUUGGGUAUCAAAUCCAACAGAGUUCAGAUCGAAGGAGUGGAGAAUGAUGUGUAUUUAGUAUAUGAAAAAAUGCCUUUACAA